UGCAUCCGCGCGCGCACAUCCGAUCCGGUCUGGUGCGGUGCGGUGCGGUGCGGUGCGGUGCGGCGGAGAGGCUCCAGAGGCGCGUGCGUGCAGAGGAAGCAGCCAGGUGAAGCUUCUCACCGUCACACAGAUCUCCUUUAUUCGAAUACAUCCAGACGAGAGUGCCUGCAAUGUGCUGAACAACAGUCUGCCAAGCUCAAAUAAACACCCAAAAACACCUCACUCACAGAAAAACACACACACACACACCCACUCUCCAUGGCACACCCGUAUGAGCCGUGGCUGCGUGCGGCGCCCCCUGGAGGCCCGGAGGAGGUGGGCAUGUCUGGUUGGUGGGAUCUGCAUGGUGGAGCUGCAGGAGGUUGGAUGGACCUGCAGGGGUCACCAGCGCUUGGGGUCGGGGGCGGGGCCAUGGCUCAGGGCGGGUCCAUGGGCCUGCAGCCAGCUGUCAGCACCUACAACCCCGAGGCUCAGAUGUGUUGCCUGCCGUCCUCACCCCACGCUGGCCCACUUUACUCCCCUGAUGGCUUCAAAAUGGAGCCUCUGGCACCGGACAUGCUGCAUACUCCACAUCACGCCACCUCCUUUUCCAUGGAGGAGUCGCAGGAGGGAGUGAGUGGUUCGGCUCGGCCCAAAUCGCAGCGCCGGUCUGGAACCAGAGCUCCAGGUCAGACAGCCUGUCGCUGCCCAAACUGCCUGAGCGCAGAGUCGCUAGGAGCCAACAAUGACAGCGAUGAUGUCAACAAGCGCAAACACCUGCACAACUGCCACAUCCCGGGCUGCGGGAAGGCUUACGUGAAAACAUCGCACCUGAAAGCUCACCUACGCUGGCACAGCGGCGACCGGCCCUUCGUCUGCAACUGGCUGUUCUGUGGGAAACGCUUCACGCGCUCUGACGAGCUGCAGCGCCACCUGCAGACGCACACCGGCGCCAAACGCUUCAGCUGCAGCGUUUGUCCACGCGUCUUCAUGCGCUCAGACCACCUGACCAAGCACAUGCGUGUUCACGAGGAGCAGGGAGGCACAGAAAACACCUCACCUGCCUCCAUCAGUGACGGAGCUCUGACCUCUGCUCCACCCACCGGGGCAGCACCGGGCCUGCGUCUGAAGAGCGAAACCAGUGCUAGCGGAGAUGAGACACCAGCAAAUAGCACCUAACUAACACCAAGUGAACACUUCCUUAUUCCUGAAGCUAAUGCUAAACUCCACUGUACUGCUCAUGCUAACACUAAACUCCAACUUGCUAGUUACAGCAGUGUUAGCAUCAACUGGUAAAGUAUAGUGGUGUUAGCAUUGUUAACAUGAACUAACACUGGAUAUUGCUGAUUAAAGGUGAACCUAGCAUCAGUAACAUUAAGUUGUUAACACUGCAUAUCAUUAAUCAAUAGCAGUAUUAGCAUUAGAGGGCUGUCACUAGAGGCGUUACUUAUGCUAACAUUACCAACACCAAUAUAUCACUGAAUAAGGAGCUAGCGCUGAAAGCAUUAGCCAGUUAACACUGUUUUUCACUUAUUAAUAGUGGAGUUAACAUUGUUAAUAAAUACUGAAUAACAUUGAUUAAUAUAUAGUUAGAACUGUUAGCAUCAACCGAUUAGCACUGGAUAGCACUGAUUGAGGUGUUUUAGUUAGCAUUAACACAAGCUAUUACUGAAUUAGCACUGUUAGUAUCAACUGCAGAAUAUCAAUUAUUAGUUUAGACGAUAGCAUUCUUGCUAUUAGCUUGCUACACUGGUGGAGUAAUAGUGGGGAUAGCACUGUUAGCAUUAGCUGGUUAGCACUGGACAUCGCUGACUACUGCUGCAGUUAGCAUUAAGUUAGUAAUAGUGACGUUAGCACUGCUGUUAGCAUAAGAUGGCUAACAGAUCAUAUCACUCAAUAAUUUGAUGUUACAGCUGACUCUGUGAUAUUAUGUGAUGUUAGCAGCGUUAGCGUUGCCGGAUUGUCGUGCGUAACAAGUAGCGCUGGUCAAUUUAAUGCAGUUAUUAGAGUUAAUACUGUUUACAUUAGUGCUGCUAAUAAUAGUGAUUACUGUUAGCAACACACACACACACACACACACACACACACGUAGAAUUUAAUCAAAAAAGUUUGGUUCAGUUGAGCGUUCAAUGUUUCAGUCAAACUCAACAUGUCUGCCUUUAAAGGCUUUAAUAUUUAAUAUUUUUUAAUAUUUUUAUUUCUGAGUGUAAUUUAUUAAUGAACAGAGACUCACACAAACAUUUAUUACACACAUUAAUUAAUAGCUGAGAAUAAUAAUAAUAAUAAUAAUAAUAAUAAUAAUAAUAAUAAUAAUAAUAAUAAUAAUAAUACAGAGUGGUUUAAUGCUGUUUCCGUCGCUCCCUCGCUCACUUCCCCUCGUCUGAGUGGCCAUCGUUAGGGGAAGUGAACUGAAACAAUUCACGCUGUUAAACAACAUUUAACACACUUUUUUAAAUAUAAUUUUUAAAUUUUUAUCAGUUUCAUUAUUUAAAGACAAAGAUUAAUAGACAGAAUAUUUUGAAGCUGUAGCUGUUAUUUUAUUAAAUUGUCACUGAUAUUCUGUCAUAUUUCAUCACUACAGUAAGUCUGAACUUUAUUGUGUAAGACUUUUAUUGAUGUUUGUGAGAGUCAGAGCAGCUCAGUGCUGUGUUUAAAUGUUUUAUAACCUAAUUUCUCUAAACGAACCUGCUUUAAUUAAUUAACUUAUAAUGAUGUCGUUUAUGUAGAUAUGAUUAGUAUAAAGUGCUCGGCAGAACAGAGGACUUUGUUUGAAUCUUGUGUAAAAAUUUGUUGGAAUAAAAUCUCACAGCACACUGUGUUUACGACUGUGUUCAUUAACAAAACGAUUUGGUUUUACAGUUUUUAUUAUUAAAUAUUUUAUGCGUGUGUCACUCCAAAAAAACCCUUUUAAUAUGGACUCCUGUGAUUUAUUCUGUAAGUUAUUAAAGCGUUUGAAGCAGUGAGUGUUGAAUAAAGGAGAUGAACUAGUGUGUUCACUGAAGGAACGCUCUGUGGUUGGUCAUGUGCCGUGUCCGUCAAACCUCUUUCUGUAGAAAUACACGGUUCUUCACCUCAUCAGGAGAAGGUCUGGCACAUUAGAUCAAAUCAGAACACAUUAAAAAGGCCGACAUUCUAGCAGGAAUACUAACUCCUGAUGAAUUCUAGACUGUUUCCUUUCCUUAUUCGUGUCUCUUUGCUUCCUUCCUUCAUGUCCUCCUCCAUGUUAGGAAGCAGAGAAACAUGAACUUUUAGCAGGACAUAGAAUAAUAUUAAAGUCUGUUUUUAUGAACAGUAUGGAGUAUGGAGGUCUAAACUUCCUCCACUUUGCGUCCUUAAAAACACUGUUCAGAUUUUAGGAGA